AUGUCGUGGACUAUGCACAAUACUGGAGCAUCAGAAUCAUCGACUUCAGUCUUCUUUCGUGGGGUAGGGCCGAGGAAAACUUCAGAUGAGGCAACGAGGGCACGGUUCAUGGCUGUAUCCUACAAUCAGUUAGCGGCUCCACGCGAAGUCUCCCAGAAGGCCACUAGUGAGCAUGGAUCGAUGCAAAACUCACCGUCGCAGGAAAGAAAGCGCAUGGGCUCCUCCAAAGCUCCCAAUGAGCACAGAAGCCAUCGGUUACUUCCGGUCAAUCGAGACAAAACGAUCGACCGACAGCAUCCCAUUCCAGCCAUUAAUUCUGCGUGGCCAAGUGGCGACAACUGGUUUAGCACUAGGGAAACCGAACCGGAUAGCUGGAGCGAGUAUCGCGAACCCUGCGACUGGCUAUUCACGAGACCCACGAACGGCCUUACGACCAUGCUGUCACAUCCUCCAACUUACUACGGUGGCCACGACGUAGAGACCGAGCACGGCCGAUGGAAAUGGCAGAUCACGACCAUCGAAAGCAUGAUGUCAGUCAUCCAACCUGUCAGUCGAAAGGAUGGUGUGGAUGAGGCGCUGUUCAUUGUAUUUUGCCAGCAGAACAUUUCAUUCAUCUCAGACGAUGUUACAUACCCAAUGGACGGGUUGACGCCAGGGAUUGUAAAGAAAAGGACAAAUGGCUUAUCGCAGCUCAAAAAGAAUUGGAAUCUCAUAUUCAAAACGGAACCUGGAAGAUCGUCGAUAGGAGCACACCCAAGAAAAACCCUUCACCCUCCGCUGGGUGUUCGACAUUAA